GUGUCCACGGCGUGUCCACAGCGUGGCCUGGCCCUUGAUAAAAGAUCCGCCGCCCCAGCGCUGAAAACCUUUCUGCUGCCAUCGUCCUCGCGACCAGCACCUUGGCAAUGAGGGUCCUCAUCUUCGUGGCGCUCGCCGUCGUCGUCCUGGCCUGCUCCUUCGCGGGCCAGGCCGAAGCGCGGCCUUCCUUGGAUGAGUCAACGAGGCUGCACCGCCGCUCACCAAAUAACUUGAUCGCGGCGGAACUGAAGCAGCUGAGGAAAGGCAGGGUCCCCGUGGAGACCCUCAAGGUGAAGCGCGACGCUCCAUUCCUGCACCCCGAGACGCCUGAGCAGGCCUUGCUGCUAGGCCGCGUGGGCCGCGAAGUCCGGCCCGCCUUCGUGGACGCCAUGCUCAGCAUGAAGGUCUAGACCAGCCGCCUCUCUUUUCCUUUUGUCCGACAUUAAAGAAGAAUAUUAACUGUCCAGUCUCCGCUCUCUGUGGACUCACCUCGCCACUCGCCACCGACACAUGGAUACGUGGCAGAGAAGAGCUCAGGGACCCGCCGCCUCUGGACGAGCAGACGCCACGCCACCGUACCAACACUGUUAAAGGGAAUUCCCCGAGAACUAGAAAACAGAUUGCCUGGAAACUUCA